CAUUUAAAAUUAUGGAAACUUUUCCAAAUUUUGAUUAUCAUGAUUUCAAAUUAGGCUUUUUACCGAUGAAUUCUCAAAAACAACACAAUGUUAAUGGUAAAAAUUCUUCUAUGUCUAACGAUUACCAGCAACAGACUAUCACUCUCACUUCAUCAAACAAUUUGGCUUCUGCAAAUUCCCUAAACUUUUCUCAGCAGUCUACCGCUUCACCUUUCUCUUUGAACGAUAUGUUAUCAAGUUCUAACGGUUCUGACAAUAAUUCUUGUUCAGAAUCAGUAAUGAUGUCUCCUUAUUCCGUUAUUCUAAAUUCUGGAGAGUUAACGAUGGAUGAUGCUUUCUUCGAAGACUCUGAGUUUUUUUUCGAACCUUUGGGAUCUCCGGCUUUAGUUGAUCCAUAUAUUUACUUAUCUCCUGCUUUAACCUCUUCAAUUUCGCAAUCGGAUCAAGCUAUGUGUUUAUCUGAUAAUCUGGCAAGACAACCUAAUCAAAAUAACCAAAAAAUUGAAAGAAAUAAUUCCUUGGAUCAAAUUCGAAUAAAAGAUUCUAUUCGUCACAAUGAUAAUAACUCCAAUACUGAUCCUGAUAAUAACAACAUUACGAAUAACAUAAUACCAACUAUAAUGACAGGUUCUCCUUCCAUACCACCAAAUUCGAGCAUGUCGUUGGCGUUGUCUUCGACAAAUACUAUGAUAACGUCAUCUCCAACUGCGCAGGAACCUAUGCCAAACUUGUCCCUUGGGAGUAACCUUGUAUCUGAAGCAGUGUCAACUCAAUCUCCAUAUACUCUUCUACCCACUACAACUUCUAAUAAUCCCACUUUAUCUGAUAAGAUUGCACCAAUAACACCAUCUUCAUUGAUGAAAUUGAAUGAGAAUCCCUCUUCACCCGGAUCUACUCAAAACGCUCAAAAAAUUGACAAACAACAGCAAAUUACACAAAGUUCUCGAGUAUCAAAUGAGAAACGUACUUCUAACAAAGAAUCUACUUUCGUAGUUCCUCCUCCACCGACACAGUCAAGAUCUAUCCGGGUUACAAAUAUUGAUGUGUCGCAACAUAUGCGAGCUGUAUCCCCAAACACGUCUCCAGUAUCACCAGGAACUAAUCCAAUGUUAAUGUCACCAAUGAUUUUACCAUCACCUCCGCCUGGAAAAAGGAUUAUUCAUUCAAAUCAGUCAGUUUGCACUCCAUCCACACUUAAUUCUUCAAAGAGUCCUCAAGCUUUGAAACCAACAAUAAGUCCAAAUUUAAAGCCAAGAUUGUCUGGUGUAACAGCCGAUGACGCGGCAGAACAAUUGGCAAAUAAAUCGAAUUAUGUCAGUAUUUUAGAGGCUAAUUUUUUUUUAUGUGGUAAAAGAUCUCUUGGUAUUUCCUAUUCCUCUGAUGUACAUACAAGUCUAGAAUCUCGACGCACAACUCAUAAAGCUGCUGAACAAAAACGAAGAGAUUCACUAAAACGAAGUUUUGAUGAAUUGAAAAAAGUUAUACCAAUCAACUCGACGUCCAAUAAUGCUAACAUAAAUAAUAACGGAUGUGAUGGAAACAAUAACAGUUCAAUAUCGGGCAAAAUUGUUGACAGUAAUGGAUCGAUAAAAAAUGUUUCCAAAUUGUUUUUAUUAAAACGAGCACAUGACCAUAUUGUAGAGCUUCAACAACAGACAAAAGAAAAAGAUUUGAUAAUACGAAACCUUAGGAACGAAAUUGAUGAACUUAAGGUAGUAAAAAGGCAAAAAGUUGAUCAGAUUCAGCAAGAUGAUAGUGCUGUAGCAUCAAAUAUACAGGAAUUUAAGUAA